GAUACAUUAUUGCAAGAGUGUCAGCUCGGAAUGAAAUGUUAGUUCUUUGAACAUCUUUUAGAUUUCCUAGCUAGAACAAGCACACCACAUAGAGCUAGCUAGCCGGAGAGAAAGAGAGAUCAUGGCCAAGAAGAUCUUGGGAGCUAUGCAUUGGUGGGACGAGUGGCAGCUGCGCGUCCUGGUCCUCGGCAGCCUUGGCGUCCAGUGGUUCCUCCUCUUCGCCGCCCCGAUGCGCAAGUACACCAUCCCGCGCUGGUUCAGAACCUUCAUCUGGCUGGCCUACAUCGGCAGCGACGCCCUGGCCAUCUACGCGCUCGCCACCCUCUUCAACCGCCACGCCAGCAGCAGCACCAGCAGCUGCGCCAAUGGCGGCUGGUCGAGGGCCCUGGAGGUGCUCUGGGCUCCCGUCCUCCUCAUCCACCUCGGCGGGCAGAAGGAGGUCAGCGCCUACAACAUCGAGGACAACGAGCUGUGGACGCGCCACACCGUGACGCUGGUGUCGCAGGUCGCCUUCGCCGUCUACGCCUUCUGCAAGUCGUGGCCCAGCUCCGGCGACCGCAGGCUGCUGGCGUCGGCGAUCCUGCUCUUCGUCGUCGGGAUACUGAGCUUCAGCGAGAAGCCGUGGGCGCUCAGGAGAGCCAGCAUCAACAGGCUGGCGGCCGAGUCGUCGUCCAGGAUGCACGGACGGGAGAGGAAGCCUCGCAGACGGUGGGGGCUCUUCACCAAGCUGGAAGAUCAGGUGCCGUCGGACAGUGACCUGCUCCACAUGAUCCUCUCGGGCAUGUCCCUGUUCGCCGUCCACACCGACCUGCUGAUGAAACGAGAGCUGAUGAGGCAAGACAGCAUCAGAGCCGCUGAGAUGAGGUGGCAGCGCGAAGAAGGAAUGACGCUGCAAACUGAAGUCGAAGGUGAGGACGAAGUUCUGGGGCCUCUAAGCCACAGCGCGGGCGUCAAGCGCUGGCCGGCGCCGCGCAGGGCGUUCGGGCUCAUCUACACCAGGGUCAACGUCGCCACCACCCCGGCGUACCUGGCCUUCCACUUCCUGCUGGUCCCGGCGAUCCACGUCGCCGCCAUCACGCUCUUCGCGGCGAGCCGCAAGCGCGGGUACGACCCCACGGACGUCAAGAUCACGUACGUCAUCCUGUUCGUCACCGCCGCGCUCGACGUCCUCGCCGAGACCAUCCGCCAGCUGCUGUACAAGCUCAUGUCGGCGGCCGGCGUCCCGGCGCUGUGCGAGACGCUGCCCCAGUACAACGUCCUGACCUCGGCUCGCCGGAGGACACAGCCGGCCACAGGCUGGCUGCUCAAGUGCGCGGCGCGCCUGGGCUGGGAAGAGCACCUGCUGCUGGUGUGCAGGCGCGACGAGAGCCACCUGUUCGGCAGGGUCGCGGUGAGUGUCAUUACGUGCCUGUUUCAAGUUCAAGGCCUCGACCUCGGCAGCUACCGGAGCUUCACCGCCGGCAACUGGGCUCUGAGCGUGGAGCUGCAGGAGCGGUGCGGCCCCAUGGUUCGGCGCACCCUGCGCAAGUCCUUCGACGAGAGCGUCCUCAUCUGGCACAUCGCCACCGACCUGUGCUUCCGCCGCAACCCUCCGCCGGCCGCCGCCGACGCCGCCUGGGAGUGCGAGCGCACGCGCGCCAUAUCCAACUACAUGGCCCACGUGCUCAACUUCCGGCCGGACAUGCUGAUGUACUGCAGCCGGCGGCACCUGCUCACGGAAGCUUUGGAAGACCUCGAGUCCAUCCUCCUCCGCCCGGACCUCGACGACACGGCCCUGCUGGAGGCCAUCCAGAAGGCCGGCGAGUCGGAGCAGCACAAGUAUCCUCUCAUCCACGAUGCUUGCAAGCUCUCCGACGAGCUGAUGGAGGUGUGGCCGGAGGAGACGCGCUGGGAGCUCAUGUACCGCGCGUGGCUGGGCAUGCUCUGCUACUCCGCCAGCAUGUGCAGGGGGUACCUGCACGCCAAGAGCCUGGGCGAGGGCGGCGAGUUCCUCUCCUUCGUCUGGCUCUUCCUCUCACUCAAGGGGGCCAAGACAUUGGCGGACAAGCUUCAGAUGCCGGAGCCUGACGCCCAGGACGAUAUAUGGAGGAGCACGGCGACCGCGGCAAGAGAUGCCGAGAACGUCGACCGAUGACCUGGCUUCCCUGGUCGAUUGACUCACAAAAACCGACUGCCUCGUUUGCCUGUUUGUGUUUCUUGCUUGCUGUUUAAUGUUAGUAUCACGUGAUUAUCCGUAUCUAUCUAUGUAUCAUGCUUCCAUGGUAUCAUACCAGAGGUCAAUAAAAUCAC